UUUUCAGCCGGCGUUCUCUGACCCAAACUUGCUUCAAACUCACAUCUUCAAACUCCACUUUCAGACCUUUCCCCUCCAGCGCAGACUUUGAUCACCGCACCCAGAAAGCCCAGGAACUUCUCUUUCUUUUAGAUCGAUGCUCUACUUUCAGGCAACUGAACCAAGUGCAUGCCCACAUCACAACCUUAGGAUUCCAACACAAUCAGUUCUUGAUUGGAAAGCUUGUGGAAGCCUCGGCCAUCAAAUUCCAACAAAACAAUGGCCUGACCCAUUCCAUGCUUAUAUUUACUCAAGCCCAACACCCAAACCAGUUUACAUGGAACACUAUCAUCAGAGGCUUCGCCAUCAGCCAAACCCCUCACCGUGCUCUCCUUGUUUUCUUACAAAUGUUUCGGCAUUCUAUUCCAUUGGAGAGCUUCACUUAUGCUUUUGUCUUCAAGGCUUGUGCUCGGUCUCACAUGCUCGAGACUGGGAGAGCUGUCCACAGUCUUGCCAUGAAAAGCAGUCAUGCGUCACAUCUCUUUGUUGCCAACACUGCCAUUCAUCUUUACUCUUCUUGUGCCGACCUGGGCUCUGCUGAGAAGGUGUUUGAGGAAAUGGGUAGUCGAAAUAUUGUUACUUGGAAUGCCAUGAUUUCAGGUUAUGUACAGAAUGGACUGCCCAAUGGUGGGUUGAGAAUGUUUAAAUGGAUGUGGGGGGAGGGUAUCAGACCCGAUUAUGUGACCAUGGUAGGCGUGAUCUCUGCUUGUGCACAGAACAAGGACCUUGAGCUUGGGAGAUGGAUUCAUGCUUAUGUAGCUGAAAACCCAUCUGACUUCGAAUCAAAUAUCAAUGUCGGGACUGCUCUUAUAGACAUGUAUGCAAAAUGUAAGCAGAUUGACAUGGCUAAGAAGAUUUUCAAGGACAUGCAGAGGAAAGACAUUGGCGUUUGGAACGCACUUAUAGGAGGUUACGUCUUCAAUAGCCGUUCCAGUGAAGCUCUAGAACUGUUUCAGAAACUGGAAGUGAGCAGCUUGGACCCAGAUGAGACCACAUUGGUAAGUACACUGCGAGCUUGUGCUAAUGUAGGGGCACUAGAUAUUGGAAAGAGGAUUCACCUAUAUGCUCAAGAGAAGAGCUUCAAUUCAAAUCAAAUGUUGGACACUGCCUUGGUUGAUAUGUAUUCAAAAUGUGGGUGUAUCAAUGAGGCGAGAGAAGUCUUUAAUAAGAUGUCAAAACGGGACGUCAUGGCCUGGACAUCCAUGAUUGUAGGGCUAGCCAUGCAUGGACACUCAAGGGAAGCACUUGACCUCUUCUUGCUAAUGUUAGAUUCUGGUCAGAAGCCCGAUGGAAUCACCUUUUUAGGUGUUCUGAGUGCUUGUAGCCAUGCAGGUCUGGUUGAUCAAGGAGUUUACUACUUUGAAACCAUGAGAAAUAAGUACUGCAUUGCUCCAAAAAUCGAACACUAUGGAUGCAUGAUAGACCUCUUUGGACGAGCAGGCCGGCUCAAGGAGGCACAUGCUUUCAUCCUUUCAAUGGAAAUUCAGCCAAAUGCAAUAGUUUGGAGGGCCCUUCUCAGUGCUUGCAGAUUGCAUUCAAAUGUCAUUUUGGCUGAGACUGCCAUUGAGAAUCUAUUCAAGCUGCAGUCAGAUCACUGCGGAGACUAUGUGCUUCUUUCAAAUAUAUAUGCUUCAAAGGGUAAAUGGAACCUGGUGGAGAAUAUAAGGAGGAAGAUGGAGGAAGGAGGGAUAAGGAAGAUACCGGGUUUAAGUUUGAUUGAGGCAAACAGCCAGCCAAGAGUGGAAAAAUGGCUGGAGCUGAGCAACCACCAACUAGACCAUCUUGGUUACAGAUAGCUGCAUGUUUGCCAUCCAACCUCUGAACCUCCUAGGAUGGGUUAUAGGUCUUGUUGCUCUGCAUUAAGUAUGAGAAAAGGUCAGUUACCUAGAAGCUUAAGCUACCCCGGAGUAGAAUUAUCUCAGAUCUGCUCUCCUCUCAUUUGUGGUAAAAAAGAGCCUGAAAUUUGCAGUAUGAAUGUUUAACUUGCUGUGACUACCAUUGAGAUUAAUAGGUUGCAGUCUUUUUAUCUCUGGUAUCUAUUUGUUCCUCUCAAAUGUAUAUGCUUGUGAGGAAUAAACGGGACAUUCCAGAGAGGGUAAGGAGAGCCAAGGAAGUUUCCAUGUUUAAGCUCGACUGAAAUAGAUUUUACACCUGAAUGCAAACAUUAAUGGGGUUAACCAUAUGAUUUUAGCUCAUAUGAGACUAGAUGGAUGGUAAUCAUGAGUACAGACUGCUAUCUCAAGCACCUGUGUAUUAGCUCGAUCCUUCUAGCUCAUAUAGGAAUGUAGGUCUUUCACUUCAUGUUUCAAGAAAGAUCAGUUGCUUGG